UUGCCAACGCAAGAUUCGUCCAAUUAGGCGUCGCUCUGUUCCGAUGCUGGCCAAUCAUAGUCCAAUCGGACAAAGUCAUCAGCCAAUCAUUGUUCAGAAUCAGCGCGCUUUACCUGACUAGUUAUAAGUGAGGAAUUUCGCGCUCUUUGUUACAAAUCAAUAUUUGUACGCGACUGUUUAAACGGAAAACUACAGCGAUUAAUAUCGAUCAAUACCUGGAAAUCUGCCGAGCCGCCACUGACUGCUUCUGAGGUGAGAGCCCGAGGAUCGAGUCUGAGACCGCCUUCACCAGAACACACACGCAUACACAAACCUGAGAAACAAAGGAGGGAAACAUGACUGAGCCCUACAGCUCAGAGGAUGACAGCAUCUCCCUGACAGGAAGUGACUUUGAAUUCCAGCUGAAAACCUCCAAGAGGAAAGUGAACUCAACACAGGGAGUGGCGUCUCCUAACAGGGUUCAUCGUCGGCCGGCCAGUGCUCUGAGCUCCAGCCAAUCACAGGCUCCGACUGACUCUGAGGGCGGGGUCUCUACAGCUUACCUGUAUGAAGCCGUGCGGAGUGGACGCAGCGCACUGACGACGGUGAUUGAUGAUUGGCUGGAGGAGUACCAAAGAGACAAAGAGGCGGGGCUCCUGGAGCUCAUCAACUUUGUGGUUCAGUGCAGCGGCUGUAAAGGUGUGGUCAGCAGAGAGAUGCUCAGCAGCCUGCAGAAUGCAGACAUCAUCAGUCACCUGACCAAAGAGUUUAACGAGGACUCUGUCAGUUACCCGCUGGUGUCGAGUGGCCCUCAGUGGCGUCGCUUUAGUGAAGGAGUGUGUGAGUUUGUGUGUGUGCUGGUGCGCGGCUGUCGAAACACACUCCUGUAUGAUGACUUCCUGUUCUCGUCCUUCAUCGCUCUGCUGACGGGGCUGGCGGACUCGCAGGUGCGCGCGUUCAGACACACCAGCAGCUUCAUCGCCAUGCGCUUGAUGUCCUCCAUAGUGUCAGUGGCUGCUGAUGUGAAUAUUCAAGCACAGAUGAUCCAGAGACGCAGCGACCUGGAGAAGAGCAAACCGGCUGAGGAGAGGGCCAUCGACCGCCUGGAGGAGCUGGAGCACUCCUACAGAGAGUUGAUGGAGCAGCAGGAGGACCUGCGCUCUCUGAUGAACGGGAUCUUCAAGGGUGUCUUCGUUCAUCGAUAUCGUGACGUCAUUCCUGAGAUCCGCGCUGUGUGUAUGGAGGAGAUGGGGGUGUGGCUUAGGGAAAACCCCGCCCACUUCCUCAAUGAUGAGCACCUCAAAUAUGUUGGCUGGAUGCUGCAUGACAAGCAAGCUGCUGUGCGACUGCAGUGUGUGUUGACUUUACAGAAGCUCUUCGAGGAGAAAGAUUUCCUCAGCCGAUUAGAGUUCUUCACCAGCCGCUUUAAGGAGCGGAUUCUGUGUAUGAUCCUGGAUAAAGACAGUGAUGUGGCGGUGGAGACGGUGAAGCUCCUGCUGCUCAUCCAGACGCAGACAGAUGAUGGUCUGAGUGCGAGUGAGCGUGCCGCUGUGUAUCCGCUGGUGUUCGCCACACACAGAGGUCUGGCCUGCGCAGCCGGACGCUUCCUCUACCACACGCUGUGCUGUGCUGCAGACCAGAGCUCAGACAGCCGCAGUGUCUCCAUCCUCCGGCUGCUGGCACUCUUCUUCAUUCAGAGCGAGUAUCACGAUCAUGCUGCCUAUCUAGUGGACAGUCUGUGGGAUGUGGCAGGGGCGGAGCUGAAAGACUGGGAGCUGAUGACAUCACUGUUACUGCAGGACAGCAGCCUGCAGGAGCAGCUGGAGAGUGCCCUCAUCGACAUUAUGAUGUGUGCAGUCCGUCAGGCUGCUGAGGCCACGCCCCCCACCGCCCGCGCACACAGGAAGUUUUCGGCAGAUGUGGGCAAGGUGAGUCGUCUGCUCAGAGCACCGCUGCACUUCCAGCUGGAAGUUUACGGCACUUCGGGACGCCUGGAGAAGAGCCUGGAUCAGCUGCUUUCGCAAGUGUGUGAUAUCACACUGAAGCACCAUGAGGAGUGUGUGUUGGAGGCGUGUGUGCGCGUGUUGUGUGUGUUGUGUAGUGAGGGUUACACCUUCUGUGGCCGAGCGGAGACGGCAGUGGGUCAGCUGCUGGACACUACUGUGGAGAAGUUCACUGCCAACCUGGAGGAGAUCCUGCAGGGUUCGGCUGAUGAAGAUGAUCUGUAUAGAGCUGCUUCCUCUCUGAACAUCCUGGCCAUCUUCAGCAGUGCCAGAGAUCUGACGGAGAGGAACCUGUUCGAGUUCUGCUUUCAGCUGCUGAAGAUGGGGGUGGAGACUGGAGAGAUCAGCGAGAAGCUGAUGGUUCCUGCUCUGAGCUGCUGCGCAUACCAGCUGCUGUGGAGCGCGCACAGGAACACACAGCGCCGCACGGACAAGGCUGAAGCGCGGCGUGUGUUAAAGUCUUUGCACUCCUUCUGUGUGCUGUGUCAAAGCUGUCUGUCCAUCGCCCUGAGCCCUGUCAGGAGCAAGGCGUUUGUGUGUGUGUGUGACCUGCUGCUGGUGUUCUGCAGACCCCCUGAGGGGAGCAUCUCUCCGCUGCAGCGCUUCAGUCCUGACGAGUCUCUCCGAGCAGAAAUGGCCUCCUUUGUGCUGGACUAUGUGUUCGGUGAUGAAGAUCUGACGGUUCUACAAGGAUUUCGGUGACAUUAUUAAAGAAACUCUCAACAAAUCCAAGAUGAUCAACUCAGAGGACAGUGCCAGAACCGUCUGCUUGUGCCUGCAGCAGCUGUACGCUGGGCUGGAUCUGCAGUGUUGUGAUGGAGAGCUGAUGGAGAUCCGUUUGCUGGCGAAGAAACUGGCCAUGAACUUCAGCAUUAACCUUCGUCUCGUGCGCAAACCGCUGCUGUCCUUACACCAGGAUGGCAUUCGUUUUGCUAGUCAAGGGCUUGAGAAGGGUGAAGCGAUGAACCUGCAGUUUCUGGAGAUUCUGAGUGAGUUCAGUUUCAAGCUCCUGCAGCCCGAACGCAAGCAGCUGCUGAUGAUUCUGCGGCGUGUGUGUUCCUCUGUGCUGAACAACAGCUCUGUGAGGAUGUAUGAGCGAUCUCUGAAUUCAGGAUCCAAAGAAACAGCAAAAACCUCUGAAGCCCCCGUCAGCAAACGCAGACGCACACACAGUUUGGAGACGCCGGCUGUGAUUUCACACACACACCACGACACUGACGACGAGUUCACAGACAGGCCCGUUCACAUGAAGAGUGUCAGUCGUCCACAGUCCAGCCCGCUCUCUCAGAGCCUUCAGUCUCAUCUCGGCACACUCUCUCUGGGCCAUGGCGAUGGCUCAGAUGAGGAUGAUGAUGAUAUUGCAGAUUACAGUGAUGAAGACUCAGAGACCGGCAUCACUUUGCCGUCCACUCACGGCUCCACGAGUUUCCUGGAGGAUCUGUUUGUGUAACGCUGCUGGAGCUUCAGUGUGUUUAUGGCAGCGUUUGUGCAGUGUUCACCUGUUCAGCUGUGCGCGCGUGUGUGUGUGUUCAGGGCAGGUUCACUGAGUGUUCUGAUUGAAGUAAAUAAAGCACAGUUACUCCCCU